CAUAUUUAGCGGGACCCUGCCCCGGACCAUACUAUGAAAUUUCCUUCGUUUCUUGACCUUCCUGCUCUCUAUAAAUUUGGCCACCAGCAAUGACAAAACAUCCAGGUUAAGGCAAGGUUCUAGGGAAAAAAAGAUGAAAACUGUGGUGUAUGUGGAAAUCAAUUGUAAGAAGUGCAAGGCAGAUGUGCUGAAGGCAGUAGCCAAACUUUCAGAUGUGGACAAAAUAGAGGUGGACGAAGAGAAGAAUACGGUCACAGUUACUGGUAAAGUAGACCCCAUGGAUGUGAUGACGAAUUUGAGGAAGGUAAAAAAGAUGGCACAGAUGCUGACUGUAGGAUCAGAAAAGGAAGAGGCAAAGAAAGAUGAGAAGAAAGAAGGGGGAGGGCCCCUUCCAGAUUGCUGCCGAGCGUGCGAUUACAUAUACGUGGACUUCCUACCCUACAGUAGGCCCAUAGAAUGCGCAAUACUUUGAGCCCCGCUUGUCGCGCACGCACCAUCCCGUGAAGCUCUCGGACUGCCGUCUGCAUAUUGCCUGCCUGUGCCAUGUGCAUUUACGUGUCUAUGUAUGUGCAUGUGUGUGUAAUUGGUUCCACCAUCUUUCUAUUACUGUUAUUUCUUCUUUGGUUA